CCAGGCAGCCGCGGCUGCAGCAUCGCGGCCGGCGCUGACAGCGAAGCGCUCGCAGGUCCCUGCUCGGCUCCGGCCGCGCUCCCGGGGCCGCCCCCCGCGCUGGGAUUAACUCGCCUAUGGAGAGAUGGUCUUAGCUGAAUUAUUUGAAGAUACUUAAGAGUGGAAUUUUCACCAUUAAUCAGACUGCUUUAUCAAUGGAGCCCCGGAUUCCCCACAACAUCACGGUUGUCCCCAACUCUGUGAUGGUCCAGCCCUUGCUGGACAGUCGGAUCCCCUAUGGGCGGCUGCAGCAUCCGCUCACCAUUCUGCCAAUUGACCAAAUGAAGACAACUCACAUAGAGAACGACUACAGCGACAACCCCACUGCUUCCCAGCUGACAGCCCAGAAGCGUCCCCGAGGCUCCCAUGAACCGGUCUUGACCAACCAGCACUUGCAGCGAUGUGAGCAGGAUGUCACCCACCCCUGGAUUUCAUUCAGCGGACGCCCCAGCUCCAUCAGCAGCAGCAGCAGCACAUCUUCAGACCAAAGGCUCUUGGACCACAUGGCGCCCGUGCCCGUGGCGGAGCAGUCCUCCCCCAGAGCAGUUCGCAUUCAGCCCAAGGCGAUUAACUGCAAACCCCUGGACCUGAAGGGACCUGUGUCUCAGGAACUGGAUAAGCACUUUCUACUGUGCGAAGCCUGUGGGAAAUGCAAAUGUAAGGAGUGCGCGCUGCCCCGGACUCUGCCUUCAUGCUGGGUGUGCAACCAAGAGUGCCUCUGCUCGGCACAGAACCUGGUCAACUACUCCACUUGCAUGUGUCUCGUCAAAGGCGUCUUCUACCACUGCACCAACGAGGAUGACGAGGGCACGUGUGCCGACCACCCCUGCUCCUGUUCCCACUCAAACUGCUGCGCCCGCUGGUCCUUCAUGAGCGCCCUCUCCCUGGUGCUCCCUUGCUUGCUCUGCUACCUGCCAGCUACCGGCUGCGUCAAGCUGUCCCAGAGAUGCUACGACCAAGUGAGCCGGCCCGGAUGCAGAUGCAAAAAUACAAACAGUGUCAUUUGUAAGGCACUGCCAGAGAGCAAAGCGAGCAGGCCAGAAAAGCCCUUUUGAUGGUUUGGGAGGAUGGGGAGUGGGAGGACGCUCCACGGAGGGGGGUGGUGUUGGCUCUUUUUAAUAUCCUGUGUUCUGAGGAUAAACGUUAGCCUUUUGCCUUCAGAGAAAGCAGAAGCCACAAACUGAAGCACUUUGGGUUAUUCAGGGUAUUGGAACUAGUCAAAAUUUAAGUAGAUGGGGCCAAAGGAGGAAUCUUAACAGUGCAGAGUGGAGGCUGAAAUCUAUGUAUAUCAUGAAGUACAGCUGCUUAAAAACUCCUGGUUCAGACGGACAGCUGCUCACCAUGCCUGCAUAUCACAAGAACCACUGACUGCUCGCUUGGCAGGCACAGCCGCACAAGCAAUACCCAUUCCCGGCUGCAGAAAGCUACAUUGGAUUCGCAUUCAGGGUGGGCUUCUUGUUUUCGCUUUCCUUCCAAACUCGAUUUGCUACCAGCAGCGUGUUGAAGGUGAUGGGUUAACUCCCUCCUUCCCUGCCUGCGCGCUGUUAGAAGGGCCAAUUGCACAUGAAGUACACAUUUCUCCAAAGCUUUGUGUCCCUCAAAGAUUUUGAGACAGAAGAUAACGCUCACUUGUUUAAGGGUCUCAGCAUUUAGGCACGCUGCUUUCUUCGUACCCUGCUGGCUGCAUUGCUCGGGACCCUCCGUUCACAGCAAGGUGGUAGCAGGGUUGCUCCCUCCGUGGGACAAAGAGCAGCAGGAUGUGUGGAGGCAGUUGGACCAACAUCGUGUUGUUCUGGCUGUAAGCUGAUCCGUAGCAUCAGAUUUCACUCAAUGGAA